AGCACUCCGCUUAGCCAGCAGUGUAGACGGUCGACCAAUCAACCAUCUGUCAAGUCAACUCAUCUGUGUUUUAUUUUCAACAAAAUUUGAGAACCUAAAUCUUAAUGUUGUGACAGUCUCUUAUUGUGCUAUAUUUUCAGUUAUUUACCGAAAUACUAAUCGAGUUAUUCUUAACUACGACCGUAAAGCAUUAGUAUAAUAAUUAACUAAGUGCUUAUACUUGAAGAACCGUGAGAAUUAAGAAAUUGUAAUCUAGGGAGUAUCAUUUUAGGGUGCCCCUAUGAGUUAAUGAGUUACUAUGUCAAGGCUUAAAGACGAAGUGAAUAGUUAUGUUGGAUUGAGUAAUAGGAAUUAGGCUUGUAUUGUCAUUUAAAGUCUAUUUUAUUCAGGUUAACGCUGUGUAAAUGUAAUAAGGUUCGUCAAAGUGUGACCUUGUACUUACAGCAUAAUGUCUCACAAAAGUUAACAAUUUACAGAAAAUCAUAACUGCCUAUAACCUCAACUUAAACUUUAAGAAAAUUUAAAAUGCCUCCAUGUGAAAGUGAUAAUGCUCCUGAUAGUCUUCUUGACCAGUGCUUUGUUUAUGUCGCCCGACACUUGUCCAUUAUUUCUCACGUCGACAAAGAGACACAAUGUUUUAAACUCAAUCCAGGACUUGCUUUACCGAGAGAACUUUGUGAAAAGAUAAUUUAUUUUUAUAGCCAAAAUGUUGGUGUCAUAGAUGAUCGAAUCAUAAGCUUAUUUAGCGACCCUAGUGUUACUAGUUUGAAAAGGGUCUGUUUAAGACAUUCUAGUAUCACGGACGAAGGGCUGGAUGCAUUACUAAAGCACAACUUAGUUGAGUUAGACCUAGAAAAGUGCUUCAACGUAACUGAAAAGUCUUUGUGUGCUCUCAAUGAGCAUGGUGAGAGCUUAACUUCUCUUUCAGUCGGAGCUGGAGUUAGGUUACUUCCAUUAAUCAACACAUAUCCUCCUCCUCUAAGCUCUUCCUUGAUUAAUGGGGCAGUAAUUAAGGCACCAAAUCUCAGGAAGCUGGUGCUGAGAAAUUUCUCACCUGACGUAAGGGAUCCAAUUUACUUCAACACGCUAUUUCAGAACCUACAUCACCUUACACAUCUUGAUCUGUCUGGAUAUACUGAUAUUGAAGACUUUUCAUUUUUGAAACCAUUAACAAAAGUUGUAUCUCUUGUUCUACACAAUGUUGUCAAAGUCCAAGAUGGAUUGGAAACGAUUUAUGAACUUAAAAGCCUAAGACAUCUCGAUAUAUCCCAGUCUAAUGAUAAGGUGAGGACUUUUGUCAUGGAACAUUCAACUUUGCGGUUCAUUUUAACGAACCUACCCGACCUUGUAUCCCUGGACAUAUCAGGAACCAAUCUUGCCGGAACUGGUGUAGCGGUCAUUGAGUACAGCGAAGGAAAAAGGUGCGACAUACCAGGUCUGGAUAAUCGCAUCGACAAUCCUCUUGAGUUCUUGGGACUCUACGGCACUCAACACGGAGCAUGUCGACGGCACGACAUCCCUGCCAAAUUGAUUUCUGGAGACGCCAACGAACAACAAAUCCUGAUUGCCGCAGCUGCCUACAUUCACCGACCUGAGAUUCUCCAGAGGGUGUUGAACGACCUUUAUCAUCUGUUCAGAUACGAACACUGCACAAAUAUUUUCCGGGCGCUCAAUGUUGUUCUGGAGUCCAUGGAAAGGCACAUCUCUGAGAAACACAUUCAGAUCUCUGGCAGUGCAACACUAUUCUACAUAGUAAAGAACAAAGAUAUCCCUCCGUUCCCAGCGAAGGUGAAACGCAAGAUCAUCACAACUCUGCUGAACAGCAUGAACACUCACCAAGAAGACGACACCAUGAUGCGGAACGGAUGCCUGACACUGUGUCAGUUCAAGAUACCUCAGGACGUUCUGUUUGAGUACGAGAGACUUGUCAUGAUGCUGUUACACAUAGUGUCCUCGAUGCAACAGGAAGGGUUUGUUCAGAGGAUUGGCAUCUACUUGCUCAACUCUCUGGCCUGUCAAGUGGACAAUCAACAGAAACAGUUGCUCGGGGAUCUCUGUGCCAUAGACAGAAUGUUGAAGCUGAUCCGUGAUCGUGUGAGUCAGGAAGUGUGUGAUGAUGUGUUGGAAGUAGCUUGGUCUACGAUGUGGAAUGUGACGGAUGAAACAGCCAUCAACUGCGAGCGAUUCCUUGAUGGUGGGGGGAUGGAGUUGUUCUUAAAGUGCCUUAAUCUGUUCCCCGAGAGGGAGGAGCUGAUGCGCAACAUGAUGGGGCUGCUGGGUAAUGUGGCCGAGGUCAAGCAUCUGAGAGGGAGACUCAUGGUGCGAAGAUACAUCCAAGUCUUCUCUGAACUCGUCAACUCUGUCAGCGACGGCAUCGAGGUGAGUUACAACGCGGCUGGCGUGUUGUCACACCUGGCGUCAGACGGCGAGGCUGCGUGGAGGAAGGGAUGUCCCGACAGAGAAGUUGUGUUGUCCAACAUGGUGGUGGCAAUCGACAAGUGGAGUCUGGAAACAGAGAGGAACAUCAACUACCGUAGCUUUGAGCCGAUCCUGCAACUAGCCAGAGUAAGGCACACUCCGCAAUGUCAACACUGGGCUGUCUGGGCUCUGGCUAAUCUCACCAAGGUCUAUCCGGACAAGUACUGUACGCUGGUUGAAGCAGAGGGGGGUGUUGAGAUCCUGAAGGAGUUGAUUUUGGACGACAGUCCGUAUGAGAAGACAAAGGAAUUGGCCCACCUAGUGCUCGAGCACUGCCGCAAGUUCAAGGAGGACGGCCAUGUUGAAAUGGAAACUCCAGAGCUUGACGGAUAAACCGCUUGUGAUAUUGUAAUUUUAAGCUGUAACACUAUUAUUUGUUGUCGGUUUUUAUCAGAGUUUUAUUUUUAGUUCUGUAUAUUUUUAUUUUACACAAUGUAUAUACUUAAACCGAAAUAUAAAUCCCGUUUGUAUAUAAAUAUAUAUAUCGAAAGACUAUAUUAUAGCCACCAGAAAUACAUAGUUUGCAUCAAAUGUACUUUAGUUAGUCUGCAAAAGGUUUAAAUUAGUCAGACUAAAUAAAGAAUUUUCACAAAGCUAAAUUAAAGACACUGAUGAAGUUUGGUUCCAUUCACACUUUUAGACUGACCAGGUAUAUCAAGAAAUUGUUUACUCUUGAUACGUCAGGCCCUUGGAUCACAUACCUAUUCCUGAAUCGCUGAAUCCCACACAAUCACAACGAUAUGAUGAAUUUACAAUCGCAAAAACUCAUCUAUUGCUUUAAUAUACCAAAAUUUGUGUGUGAAAAGUUAGUCAAACUAUUAAAAUCUUACCAGAAAACAAGAAUAAAAUAUUAAUUUUUUCAUCUAUUGCUUUAAUAUACCAAAAUUUGUGUGUGAAAAGUAGACAAACUAUUAAAAUCUUACCAGAAAACAAGAAUAAAAUAUUAAUUUUUUCAUGAAUUGUUGAUCUGUUAAUAUGUGUAUUUUCAAUAUUCAUUCAGUUAAAUUUGAACUACAUUGUUUACUUAUGUAUACUAUUAAUGAACAAUACAUUAAAAGUUUCAAAAUUCUUCUAUGAAUAUUUCUUUUUAAUCUUCUGUGAAUAAUUUUAUAUCCUUCUUAUAGUUACUCCUUAAACCUCUCUGUUUUUAUUCAUUUUGGAACUUGGCUUCGUCUUAUAUCAGUGUCGCAUACGGUUGACUACCCAUGGCAGUAUUUAUAUUUUAUUUUGUAAUAUUUCUUUUCCCCUAAGUGUUUUAAGUUAAAAACUAGCGCUUAAAACUUAAUGCUGGAUUGUUCAUUUUGAAAUUGUUAUAUUUUUUCUUCACUCAGAUUGUUCGGUUUUUUUUUCUCUGGAAUCUCUCGGAUUUUUAGUUGUUUUCAGAAAUUAAAAUUUGUAAACAAAUGUCUUACAUACUGUUACAAAUUUACUUUCACAAAGCCUUUUAUUAAAACCAAACUAUGUGCAAUGUAGAAAAUCGAUUGAGCUUAACGAUUAAACUAACACUAAUACUUUGGUUUUAGUAAUUUAUUGUAGAUGUAGAAAAUACUGUAAAUUAAUUGUUACCUAUAGAUAAUAAAGGUUUAUAUAACUCGGAUUUAAAAUAUGGUGUU